GAGGGAGAGAGAGAGAGAGGGAGGGAGGGAGGAAGGAAGGGAGAGAGGGAGGGAGGAAGGGAGAGAGGGAGGGAGAGAUGGAGGGAGAAAGGUGGGGCUGGAUCCUCCCUGAACGUUCUCUAACACCUCCCUCCAUCUCUCUCUCCUUCUCAGACAGACUGUUCUGUCUAUCUGCAGUUUGUAUGGAUCAGUGGUAACCACCACACACACACACACACACACACACACACACAGAGAUAAGUCUCCUCAGCUUCAACCUCUGAUGAACAGUGUGUGUUUGUAUCAUUGAUAUGUAGUCAUCAACAGGCAGUGCAGAGGAGACAAUAGGAAGUGCUCUAAGAGAUGGGGUCAGAGGUUUGGUGUUUUACAGCUGUGGUUGUAACCCCUGGUCAGGCUUCUGUUUACCCUUCAGACAUAUAUACUGAUACCUGCAUUUAAUGCUUUACGAUGACUGUUUUCUCUGACGGCCUGUCAGAAUCAACCCCUGUUCUGGUUAUGUGUUGGACCGGGUGUGUGUCUCUCUCUCUGAUGGAGUCUGAGUGAGGGGGAUGUUGAGUGGAGAGAGACUGUAUUUAAACGACUGAAUGAACGAACCCAGAGGCCCACCCGAAAUGAAGGGAAGUAGAGAAGGGUGCAGAAAACAACAUCACCACAGAGGACAACAUGUCCAGAGGAGCUGCACCACAGGGGACAACAUGUCCAGGGGACAACAUGUCCAGAGGAGCUGCACCACAGGGGACAACAUGUCCAGGGGACAACAUGUCCAGAGGAGCUGCACCACAGGGGACAACAUGUCCAGGGGACAACAUGUCCAGAGGAGCUGCACCACAGGGACAACAUGUCCAGGUGACAACAUGUCCAGAGGAGCUGCACCACAGGGGACAACAUGUCCAGAGGAGCUGCACCACAGGGGACAACAUGUCCAGAGGAGCUGCACCACAGGGGAUAACAUGUCCAGAGGAGCUGCACCACAGGGGACAACAUGUCCAGGGGACAACAUGUCCAGAGGAGCUGCACCACAGGGGACAACAUGUCCAGGGGACAACAUGUCCAGAGGAGCUGCACCACAGGGGACAACAUGUCCAGAGGAGCUGCACCACAGGGGACAACAUGUCCAGGGGACAACAUGUCCAGAGGAGCUGCACCACAGAGGAUAACAUGUCCAGAGGAGAUGCACCACAGGGGACAACAUGUCCAGAGGAGAUGCUCCACAGGGGAUAACAUGUCCAGAGGAGAUGCUCCACAGGGGAUAACAUGUCCAGAGGAGAUGCUCCACAGGGGAUAACAUGUCCAGAGGAGAUGCUCCACAGGGGAUAACAUGUCCAGAGGAGAUGCUCCACAGGGGAUAACAUGUCCAGAGGAGAUGCUCCACAGGGGAUAACAUGUCCAGAGGAGCUGCACCACAGAGGAUAACAUGUCCAGGGGAGAUGCUUUCUGACACCUUUUUGUGUAUUCCUACUUUAAGACUGCAGCUUUUAUUAUUGAAACCAGGAAGUCUACGUUGUUUCAAUCACAAUUUUUUUGUUGGUGUGAUUUUGAUUCCGCGUCCUACCCACUAAGUAAUUAAUGGUAUACCACAUCCCUACCGAGCCCCUAAAGUUACUGAGGAGGAAGAGGUAGAUGUGGGAAAGGGUCGGACUUGUCUCACUUGUGACCUUUCAGUUUGACCCUUGAACUUUGACAUAUGAUGUUGUGUAGAUUUGGAAAGCACUUCAGGCUGAUAAAUUAGGUCCUAACAUUUCACACAGCGAAUUGGCUUGCACAUUUCAAACCUGCCACAAUGAUAGUUUAUUUUACGGUGAUAUGCCCUAUCGUAUAGAAGAUUGAACAACCUGUGAGGGAUAUACCUGACCAAUAUCCAUUACCAGCCCCUUCAAGCCUUCCCAACCUGGAGACAUCAUAGCACUUUAUUCUCUUUGAUUGGUUUUAUUCUCUUGUUUGUAUUUCUGUUGUUUUUCAGUGUUGCUGUCUCAUUCUGGCUGCACCUUCCUAACCUCUGACUCCUAACCUCUGACACCUUACCUCUGACUCCUAACCUCUGACCCCUAACCUCUGACCCCUAACCUCUGACUCCUAACCUCUGACACCUUACCUCUGACACCUAACAUCUGACCCAUAUCCUCUGACACCUAACCUCUGACCCCUAACCUCUGACUCCUAACCUCUGACACCUUACCUCUGACACCUAACAUCUGACCCAUAUCCUCUGACACCUAACCUCUGACACCUAACCUCUGACACCUAACCUCUGACACCUAACAUCUGACCCAUAUCCUCUGACACCUAACCUCUGACACCUAACCUCUGACACCUAACCUCUGACCCCUAACCUCUGACCCCUAACCUCUGACCCCUAACCUCUGACCCCUAACCUCUGACACCUUACCUCUGACACCUAACAUCUGACCCAUAUCCUCUGACACCUAACCUCUGACACCUAACCUCUGACACCUAACCUCUGACACCUAACAUCUGACCCAUAACCUCUGACACCUAACCUCUGACACCUAACCUCUGACACCUAACCUCUGACACCUAACCUCUGACCCAUAACCUCUGACACCUAACCUCUGACACCUAACCUCUGACACCUAACAUCUGACCCAUAUCCUCUGACACCUAACCUCUGACACCUAACCUCUGACUCCUAACCUCUUGACACCUAACAUCUGACCCAUAUCCUCUGACACCUAACCUUCUGACACCUAACCUCUGACCCCUAACCUCUGACCCCUAUCCUCUGAUUCCUAUCCUCUGACCCCUAACCUUUGACCCAGCAUCGUGUUCUACAGAAGCCAGGGAACCAUUUGGUCUUGGAGGGUGAGGUGCUCCUUUAGAAUGGUGUUAUAAAUGUUAAAAUAUAUAUAUACAUAUAUUUGAUUUGAAUUAUGAAACAUUUCUAAGGAAUAUUGAAUGAUUGUAGAGAGAAUGUGUAUUUGUUAGUUUUAGGUGGUGUAUGAGCUUUGAGAGUGAUUAUACUGCGAGAGGAGGAAGGAUACGAUCCUAUCUUUGCUUGGCUAGUUUGGUCUGCUCCAAACCACGCCCUCUCCUUGAUCUCUCUCUUACAUCUUCAGAACGUUUAUCAAACUGGUUUUGAAGUUUAUGGUUAACAUCAAUGUCCUCCAUCUUGUCAGAAAGCUGUUGUCACCCACAGAUCAAGCCAACACUUUUUAUUCCAAUACGUGUGUUGUUAUGGUUAAUCUCUCUGGUCAAAUAUACCUCUGUAAUCUUCCUCUAUACAACAGUCCUGUGUCCCUGUACUUUUAGUUUAUUGUAGCUUUCUUUAUAUAUAUAUAUAUCUAUUUGAUUUUGUUUUGAUUUGGAGAUGUUUCCGAGCUGCUAAAUCAGUGUAGUUGAACAACAGGCCUUCUCUCUUCUGAAUGUUGCCAUGGUGACAACAUUAAGAACAGGUGCAAAAUUAUUUCCGCAUAUUAUUAUUGGCUGUAAAAAAAAAAAA